AUGAGUGAGAAAAUAGAUCUUUCAGACAUAGAAGAACUUGAUAUUAAUUAUAUUGAGUUAGAUCCUGAAUAUCAAGUUGAAAGUGAUAGUAAUACUAUUGAAAGUGAUAAAGAUACUGAUAUAAGUGAUGAAAAAGAAGAUUCAAUUGCAAUAUUUUCAAGAAAGACACAUGUACAAGAAGUUCAUUAUGCCACUAUACCAAUUGAAUAUCCAAAAACUUCAGAAUAUCCACAGUAUAUAAUAUUACAGAUUCAAUAUUCCUUAGGUGGAGGUGGUCAAAGUUCAAUUAAGAACUGUCCAUUCUUUGGUAAUAUUAGCGUUAAUAAAGAAGAAAGAAACUGUAUGGGAAUCAAGCACUGUGAAUUUAUCAAUCCUGAAAUUAUUAAUAUAAGCCAUAAUGAAGUAGACUUUGAUUCAGAAUUUUGGCAAAAAAUCACCACAGUUAGAGGUUAG